AUAUAACAUAUGUAUAUGUCUAAUUAUUUAAAGUCGAUCUAACUGAAUUUAAACUUCACAAAUUUGAACAGACUGCUUGAUCUAUGAUAUAACAUAUGUAUAUAUUGACAGAUAUUGACAAAAUUGCAGGAUUCACUGAUAUUUGCACGAAGUUGUGGCGAAUUUUCAAAUUCAAUGGAGUAAUAUUCCUGUCGAAGAAUGCAAAAAGGCAAGAUGUGGCCGCAUCAGCAGGUUAAUGCAGAUAAGACCCUUGAACUCGAGCCAAUAAUAGUAGAAAUUGCUACCACAAAUAAAUUGCAAGUUGUGACACCCGAUUUAGAAGACACCAAGAAAAGAUGGUUAGUUGUUGGUAUCUGUCUUCAUAAUGUUGUAGCACCAGUACUGAGACAACAUGUUUCCAAAUUCAUGGACCAGAUUUAUAAUACGCUUAUACAAACCCCUGACUGUAUAGAUAAACAACGUUAUCCAAACCAAUUGAAGUUCUAUCCAAAGACAGUCAAAAGCCACAAACUGAAUUAUGAAGCUGUCAACAACAACAGUAAUGUUCGUGAUCUUCGAAAUCAGAAAGAUUAUAAGAACUAUAAAUAUAAAAUACAGAAUCCUGUGGAAUUCUCGAAGUUGUUCUUGGCUACAAAUAUGGCGCAAUUCAUCGGUUUUGAUGAAACCUGUGACUCUUCGGCACUUCUCAACAUUAUCGGAAGAAGUGAUACAUCUUUACUCGGUAAAGUGGCAGAUAAACUACGAGCUAAAGUAAGGAAUCCAUGGGCACACUGUAAUUUUACCGAAUGGGAUACUGUGAAAUAUUUAGAUUCAAUGCAGAAGAUGCAACAGCUUAUAAGAUGUCUACACAUGCCAUCAGAAAAACAAAUUCUAGCAGACCUAAAGUAUUGGGAAGUAACUGGUAUCAACUUCUUGCAAGGAACAAGAUUGGGUCUAGAAAUAGUAGACGAAAUAAAUAAGCACACUCAAAGUUUGGCACAGUAUGUACUUCAACUCAAAGAUGAUUCCAGUUCCUACUCUGAUACGGUUCACAAGUCGUUGGUACAGAUAUCUAAUGAUAUGAGUAAUGCCUAUAAACGUAUCGAACAAAUUGAUAGAGAUUUAUCAAAAAUCACUAUUGAAGUCAGUUCACUGAGGCUCCACACUGAUACGAUUGAGCAGACUGUAAAUGAAAACGUCCAAGACAUCAAAGAUAUAAAACAUGAUAUAGAAGGCAUAAAGAGGUAUAACUCGCAACUGAGACCAGAUGGAAAAGUUUUCUUUUAUCCACCGGAUAGAGUUAGUGUUUUUGUUGGUAGGGACGACAAAUUGCUUUCUUUGAAAGAGAAAUUUUUCCAGAACAAAGCUGUUAACCACAUAGAGGUAAUAUGUGGAUUAGGUGGAUGUGGUAAAACUACUUUGUCCAUAGAAUUUGCAUGGAUGUUUCAGCAGUUCUAUCCUGGUGGUGUUUUCUGGCUAUCUGCGGAAUCAAACGAAUCGCUAGAUGAUACAAUCUACACAUUAGCGAUAGAUGUAGACAGACAAGGGCAAAAUAGUAAGGAGACACUUCAAAGAACUCUUACAUGGCUAGCACGCUUAGAAAAAAGAUGGUUACUAGUUAUCGAUAACGCAGAUACAGAUAUCAUUUCAGGUCAGCUAAAAAAACUUCUGUUAGGAACGUGGAAACGAGACACUAGAGGUCACAUCAUAAUAACAACAAGACGAGAACCACUGGCGGUAGAGGAAACUUUACAUAUUGACAAAAAUGACUGCAAUUAUCUUGAAACAUUAAAUGAAGAAGAAGGAGUUCAAUUUAUGAUUAAACGCACUGAGAUGUUUGAUGAAGAAUCAAAUGACAGCAUAUCAAAAUUAGUAAAUGAGCUGGGCGGUCUUCCGUUAGCUUUGGAACAAGCUGCGGCACAUAUCAAAUCCAUUAAAUGUUCCUUCAAAGAAUACUUAACAAAUUUUGAGAUGGAGCGCUUGGAAUUGUUGUCAAAUACUACAAAUCCAUCGUUUGAAACAGAUAUAAAUAGGCUAGCAGUAAUGACAACAUGGAAAUUGAAUAUUGAAUACAUAAAGUAUCAGUCGGAGCAGGCAGGGCUUGGAACAACAGCUUUGGUCGUUAUGAAAGUAGCAUCUUUUUUUUUUGCAGACGAUAUGCCAAUUGAAAUUUUUAAUAUUGGCGAACCGAUAAUAAGUGACGAAGCAGCAUGUAAAGCAUUAACACAGCAAGUUGGAGUUAAACGAGUGCUUGAAAUUUUAACAAGGUUUUCUUUAUUUCAGAGAUACCGACCAGAUAGCUUAUCAGUUCACAGAUUAGUCCAAGAAGUGAUAAUAAGUAGCCUUAACGGAGAAGAAAAACACAGUGUUCUUCAGUGUGCAAUAAGGAUGAUUAAUAAAGCACUCAUAUCAACAACAGCUCCGCACACAGUUAUCUAUAAAAAUGAAAGUGAAUCACAUGCUUGCAGAGGAUUACUUAGUGUGUGGAGCAAAUUAGCGGGAAAUGCACAUGCAUUAAAAAUUCAUCUCACUGUCAGCAAGGAAAGCGAAAAAAACAAAGAUCUAUAUGUCACUUUAGAGUCCGUAAGAAUAAUGCAAGCGUCAGCUAUUUACAAUAGUCUGUUCCAGAGACAAGAUGCAGCUUUAAGGGAUCAAAAACAGAUGCUUAAUAUAAUAGCGUCCUUAGAUUUGGAUACAAGUACUUGUAGAGAGUUGACAAAUAUUAAAGUACCACUAUUAGAAAGAGAUCGCAUACGCAUUCAAAAUAGCAUCGCAACUGUUUUACAAAUUAAAGAUAAUGAAAAUCAAAUAAAAAGUUCUACAAAAGUCCUUCAUACCCCAGAAAGGUUGAGAGUAUUUGGUAAUCAGGCGUUUCAAGAAGAGCGAUAUGAAGACGCUUUACAAUACUAUACAGAAGCGUUGCGGGCUUGUCCCAAAAACACGUACGACCAAAGGAUUCUUUCAAACAGAAGUUUAGUUUAUCUAAAACUUCAUGAAUAUACUUAUGCUCUUAACGAUGCGAACGCUUGUAUUGAAAUUGAUCCUAAUUCUUGGAAAGCUCAUGCAUGGAAGGCAUACGCUAUGGCAGAACUCACAGGUACAGACAAACUGCAACCUGAAAUGGAAGGUUCAGGUAGAGCAAGUGCUUGUAUUGCAUCCUUUUUAAAUGAAGAAUGUCUGCUUGAAUAUAAAAUGAAAGUACAUUAUCCCAUAUUAUUGUAUGAAAUCAUUGAUUGUGAAAAUCAGCAUAACAGUUUACGUGAUCGCGUCAUGUCUAUCGUUGAACGUCCUUUUACAACAUACAUGCUAAAGAAAGGGCGCUACACAUUUAAACAAUUGUUAAAAACAACAAAGAGUUGUCAAGUUAUAGGAGUUGAACAAGGAGUAGAAAUCGAUAUAGGUAUUGGGAUUCAUAUUUCCAGACCUUUAGAUGCUAAUUUUAAAAUUGAGUUUGAGCGAGAACGAGAAAUAACUGUUCAUUUUGAGAACAUAUCGUUCUUUUCUAAAAAUAGUCAAGUCAAAGUAGAACAUGGUGGAAUUGCUUCUUUCUAUAGAUGUAUCUUUUCAAACCAAUUUCCUUCAGAUGAAGUAAAUUUUAAAUGGGACGAAAAUAUUGACCUGUUUUAUCCGCAGUUUUUAAGCAUUUUAAAUAACAUUGACAAAAAAAAUGUUUCAAGCAUCACCUCACUUAAGGGCGGUAGACUUUUUUUAAACUCAUGUGAUAUAAGAAGUAAUGGUGGUUGUGGUAUAAGUAUCCGUGGGGAAAACUCUCAUCUUGCCAUUAACAAUUGCAAUGUACAUGAAUCAUUGAUAGGGAUAGUAGUUUCAAAUGGAGGAAACAUAGAAGCUUUUGACAAUCAAGUUAGCAAUAACACAUUGCAUGGCGUUGCAAUUGGUCCGAAUGGUAAAGCAACUUUAAGACGUAAUACUAUUUCACAGAAUAAAGCAGAAGGUAUUUGGGGUGGUGGAAAUGUCAAAUGCGAAGAAAUAACGAAUUCGGUCAAUGCAGUUGACAAUAUUAUACUUCAAAACGGUUUAUCUGGCAUUUGCUUAGAAGGUGGAUCCUUUUUAUUAAAGAACAAUUUAGUUUCCGACAAUUGGGCAUGGGGAAUUUUCAUACACAACAGAUCCUCUCUUUUAGCUGAAAACAAUGAAAUUUCUUGUAACAAGUGCGGCGGUAUAAGAGUCGGUAUAAAUUAUUCUGCCUCUGUUAUCAUUGACGGAAAUACAAUAAAAGAUCAUAGUGGGCCAGAUCUCUUAACUAUUAAUGAGUCAACGUAUAUGGUAAAGGCUGACGAUAUAGACGAGAUUGAGGUAUAUACAACCCAAACAAUCAUAACAGACAGAAACAUCUUAUUUAACAAUAAUAAACCAGUGCAAUCACCUAGAGAUGCAGUCGAAUCGUUAAAAACAUGUUGUUGCUGCCACAAAAUGUCAACAAAUUUGAAAGCAUGUACGAACUGUCGAAUUGCUCAAUAUUGUUGUAAAGAAUGUCAAAAGAUGCACUGGGUGCGACAUAAGCAUAGGUGUCCUCUCCUUUCAAAAAAAUAUUCAAUAGAAAUUCAAAUAAAAGACACAAAAAAAAAUAAACCACCUACUUUUCAUUCUUCACUCAUAGGACUUGGCGAAGGGCAUAAACCUGAUGUGGAAUCAACUAAGAAGUUCAUCGUAAAAAUUCAAUCUGACCAUUAUUACGUGCCAUACAACCCAAGAAAGUCUAUGACACUCUAUGAUCAAAGCGUUAAAUUGAAUAUAAUAUUUAGGCAUUCUGAAAUUUAUCAUCUGUGCAGUGAAUGUGGAAGACUCAGUGGCGACAAGAUUGCGUCGAAAAAACUUUUUUGCUGGGCAUCAUAUAAACAAAGAGGUGACAUUCUUUGUAUCCAUACUGACGAACUCCCGGAAUUUCAAACGUGGUGAAAUGUUAUCCCAUUAAUUUUAUAGCUUACACAUUCAAGUAAAUUAAUGUCAAAGUAUAUUCUCAGUGAUAAGUGUCCACAUUUAGUGGCUUUUUGUCGACAAAAUAUAUUCAAUGAUUCUGAAAGGAACCAUUAUCGAUUGACUUCGUUGUCUUAGAUUGGCACUUCCGAAUAUAAAUGCAGGAUUGAACCAAAUUGACAUUGCCCAAAACUUUUAAAUUUUAUGACAGUCAUUUGGAAUGCAAAUUAUACAAGAGUAUCUUCGAAGCUUACGUAAUCCAACAGAGACUGACAUGACCAAUAUAUGUAUCAAAUUCAUUUUUCACAUUUAGUUCUGAUGUGGUUGAAAUCUAAUACAGCUUGAAUAACCACACAAACCUUCAUUGACGAGAGUAUCAUUUAUUUGAUGUGAUAAAAAUUUAGAGGCGAUUGCUACGAAACAAAUAUUGCACUCACGGAAGCAAAUGCAUAAGAAACACAUGUCUUUAUCGAUGUUACAAAUAGAACAUGUAGUUUUUCCCCAGUAAAAGACAGAUCCAACAUAUGACUGAAACUGAGCGUUUACAAAUUUGCUAGAACACUAUGCUAGUUAAACCUACAAUUUAAAUAACUAUAUAUUUAGAAAUAUUACAUCAAGGAGGGCAAUAUCAAAAGAACGUUAUGUGAUCUGAUUGAUAUGGAUUGAGUUCAAAGUGUAAAUAUAAGUACGUAAGGCUUGCUUGCAGGCACCUUGAGCGUCCUUUGAUGCGGUUUGAUUUUUUGUUAUUAUUAAUUUUAUACAUUUUUCGUUAACAUUGAUACCAAUAUGCUAGCUGAAAUUGAAAAACAUGUAUAAACGUAAUAAGUUUAAAAUUUUAAUAAGUAAACGUGAUUUUACAAAAAUGCUAAAAAUAAGUUUAAACUUUCUAUAGGAUUUAAAAAUUGAAUCUUUACAUUUUUGCGAUGAUGCUUUGUCUGAUGAUUUAAAUUCUUGUAUAAUAGAUAAAUCGGUUCAAUUGUUCAUCAAACAAACAAAACCUUUUGACAAGAAUUUAUUACAAAAUAUAUUGCUUACUUUAUUUGUUAAUUUGAAUUUUUAUUGGAUUUUCUAUUCAACCUCCCUUCUCUCUCUAUGAUAUUUUUCCUUUCUGAUUGUCAUUUUUAUUAAAUAACCUUUAUUAUGGAUUAUAAUUGUUCAUUUUCUUAUAAUUCAUAAUAUUGAUUUUGUUUUCUUUAAAAGAUAUGUCCUUACAUAUAUAUUGCUGAUGCAUGUGUAUUAUAAAAUUUGUUUUUUACUGAAAGGGACCUUUGUGUAAGUCUUUUAAAUUUAAGAUAUGUCUGUAUAUAUUUAUUGCUGAUGCAUGUGUAUUAUAAUAUGUAUUUAUUUAGAUACAUUUGUGUAAGUCGAAACAACUCGUAUCCGAUUCUAUCGUGUAUUUCGCAAUAGAUAUGCUUAAACUAGA